GCAUCUCUGUCCUCACUCACUAAGUAACUGGGUAUAUUGUUUUCACUAUUUACCGAUGCUGUUAGAAGCCGGUGAUGCUCUUCUUCAACAGCAAGCUUCAAUUUUUUACUGGAACAUCCUUUCAGUGCACCCCAGGGAUCAAGAUAUGGUGAUGUGAGUUGACUCUUUCUGCACUAGAGAUGGAGGUUCAUGUCCUCCUGAAGAGAGGAAUUGUGUUGGUGAUUUGUUGUGUGUGGGUCCCACUCACCCUUCUUGGAAAUGCAGCACCUCGUCCGGAGACAGUGAACAUUGGAGCUUUGUUCACCAUGAACUCGGUUAUCGGGCGCUCUGCUAAGCCCGCCAUUAUGGCAGCUGUAGACGAUGUCAAUUCCGAUCCAAACAUUCUUAGUGGCACAAAGUUGAACCUCAUUUUACAAGACACAAAUUGCAGCUGUUUCAUUGGCACUGUCGAUUCUUUACGGCUGAUGGAGAGAGACGUGGUCGCUGCAAUAGGUCCACAAUCCUCGGGAAUAGCUCAUGUAAUCUCUCACGUAGCAAAUGAACUUCAUGUCCCACUUUUGUCAUUUGGGGCAACCGAUCCGACCCUUUCUUCCACACAGUACCCAUUUUUCGUUCGUACAGUCACUAAUGAUCGCCACCAGAUGAGUGCCAUUGCUGAUCUUGUUGAGUAUUUCGGAUGGAAAGAUGUGGUUGCUAUCUUUGUGGAUGACGAUAAUGGCAGAAAUGGGAUUUCAGUACUGGAAGCUGCUCUCUCCAGCAACCGUGCCAAGAUAUCAAACAAAGCAUCCUUUUCUCCUGGGCCCACCAGAGAGGAGAUCAAUGACUUGUUAGUCGACGUGAACCUUAGGGAAUCUAGAGUGUAUAUAGUUCAUGUAAAUCCUGAUUCUGGGCUGCUGAUUUUUUCUGUAGCAAAGAGUCUUGGUAUGAUGUCAGGUGGUUAUGUUUGGAUUGCUACCGAUUGGCUUCCUUCUGUUACAGAUUCUUUAGAAACAGUUGACCCAGAAACCAUGAAGGUCUUACAAGGGGUUGUUGCCCUUCGCCAUCACACACCAGACAGUGCUCAAAAGAAGAUUUUCGCUUCCAAGUGGAGAGGCUUUAAGGAGAAAGAAACCUCGAGCUUUAAUUCAUAUGCGCUCUAUGCUUACGACACAGUGUGGCUACUCGCGCACGCUCUAGAGCUUUUUCUAGGCCAAGGUGGAAAUGUUACAUUUUCCGAUGACCCGAAUUUGGGAUCCCUCCGUGUUUUUGAUCAGGGUCAUGAGUUACUUGAGAUACUUACCGGCGUAGUCAACUUUACCGGUCUCACUGGACAGGUUAAGUUUGAUGGGGAGAAGGACCUCAUUGAUCCUGCAUUUGACAUCCUCAACUUUGAUGGAAUCGGGUCGCGUUUGGUAGGGUAUUGGUCAAACCAUUCCCUAAUAAACAAACAUCUGGACAAUGUUGUAUGGCCCGGUGAUGUCACCGAGCGUCCCAGAGGAUGGGUUUUCCCAAACAAUGGGAAGCCAUUGCGAAUUGCAGUUCCUAACCGUGUUACUUACCCAGUUUUUGCGAGUAGGGAUAAUAAUGGACCACUUGGGGUGAAAGGGUACUCUGUCGAUAUAUUUGAAGCUGCCGUAAAGCUGUUACCUUACCCCAUUCCUCAUGUCUAUGAAUUGUACGGAGAUGGCAAAAGAAACCCCUCUUUCAACAACAUUGUGGCAGAUGUCGCACAACAAAAAUACGAUGCAGCUGUAGGGGACAUUACAAUUACCAUGAACCGGACGAGGAUUGUGGACUUCACUCAGCCUUACAUUGAGUCCGGACUGGUGGUGGUUGUGCUUGAGAAAGAACGCAAAUCCAAUCAGUGGGCUUUUCUCCAACCAUUUUCAGUCCAGAUGUGGUGUGUCACUGGGGCUUUCUUUCUCUUCGUUGGAACCGUGGUUUGGAUCCUUGAACACCGGAUCAAUCCAGAGUUCCGUGGCCCACCAAGUAAACAACUUGUCACCAUCUUCUGGUUUACUUUCUCAACAAUGUUUUUUUCCCACAAGGAGAACACUGUGAGCGCACUAGGGCGCUUGGUUCUAAUUCUGUGGCUCUUUGUGGUUUUGAUCAUUAACUCAAGUUACACAGCUAGCUUGACCUCAAUCCUCACAGUCCAGCAGCUGUCAUCAAUGGGGAUUCAAGGGAUAGACAGUCUGAUCUCCAGCUCUGAUCCGAUAGGGAUCCAAGACGGCUCAUUUGCAUACAAUUAUCUCAUAGAAGAGAUGGGCAUUGCAGAGUCCCGUCUUCGGAUACUGAAAAAACCGGACGACUAUGUGGAUGCUCUUGGGAAAGGUCCAGAAGGUGGGGGCGUUUCUGCCAUUGUUGACGAGCUUCCAUAUGUAGAGGUCUUCUUGUCCAACACGAAAUGCAGUUACCGGAUUGUUGGACAUGAGUUCACAAAGAGUGGAUGGGGAUUUGCAUUUGAGAGGGACUCCCUGCUAGCGGUUGACAUGUCAACAGCGAUUCUACAGCUGUCAGAAAACGGAGAGCUGCAGAGAAUCCGCGACAAAUGGCUGUCAAACAAGGAAGAAGAUGGUUGCCCAUCGCAAGGGACUCACCAAGCAUCAGACAAUGGUGAUGGUGAUGAUGAUAGCCGGCUUUCUCUGAAGAGCUUCUGGGGGCUAUUCCUAAUUUGUGGGAUUGCCUGCACGGUCGCAAUCACAGCGUUCUUGUGCAGGGUGUGCUUGCAAUACAGGAGGUAUACCCCACCUGCCGCCGAGGAAGGCACCCACGGUGAAUCUGCAUCGCCCAGUUGCUUUCAACGCCUCGUAGAUUUUGUUGACAGAAGGGAAGCCGAAAUCAAGCUGAUGCUGAACCGGAACAACACGCCACAGCGCAAUCGAAGGGGAGACCGGUUUUGUUCCAGUUCGCCUGCAUAAGUAUGAACAAGCUAAGAUUGGGUUUGUGUCAAAAUGUAAAUACGGUUUGUCAUUGGUUUUGUGUGAUUAUGCAUGAUCUGCCAUGCCACUUCUUCAUUCAGUAAUAAACGAAAUAGUCAUAU